AUGGCGUUCAUGCUGUGCAGACAGCUCACUGGGACGUUCGCCAGCAGCACCGGUUGGGUGGGCCUGAUCGUUGCCACGGCGACCAACGACUGGGUGCGCACGUGCGACUACAGCGUGGCCACUUGUGUGCGCAUGGACGAGCUCGGCUCCAGCGGGCUCUGGGCCGAGUGCGUCAUCUCCCCCGCAAAAUACCACUGCUCCGCCCUCAACCAGAUCCUGUCCCUGCCAGCGCACAUCCAGACGUCCCGGGCCCUCAUGGUGUCCGCCUCUCUGCUGGGCCUCCCCGCUCUGCUGAUGGUGCUGAUGGCCAUGCCCUGUGUGCGCUUCCAGAACGACACGUCCACCAACAAACUGCAGCGCUCCCGCAUCGGAGGAGCUCUCUACAUCGUCAUGGCGGUGUUCGGCCUCAUCUCCACCAUCUGGUUCCCGAUCGGCGCUUACCAGAACGACGGCAUCAUGUCCUUCGGCUUCUCGCUGUACGCGGGCUGGGUGGGCGUCGGCCUCUGUCUCCUGGGCGGAAUCAUCAUCCUCUGCUGCUACGGGGCCGAUCCUGCACUGCCGAGUCGCGACACCAGUUUCUACUACUCCAGGUCCCGCGGCGUGGCCAUCCCGUCCGACCAGCCCGCCGCCAACCACGCCAAAACCGCCCACGUCUGA